UGCCCUUUCCCUUUCUCGAUUUUCUUUUUUCCUUCUUCCCCCUGUUUAUCCUCUCAUAAUUAAUCCUCAGAGAACCUUCUAGAAAGAACAAAAACACACCCCUCUCGGUCUCCCCCUCUCUCCCUCUCUCCCUACAGCAAAGCUGCACCUCUCUCCUUCUCUAUCUCCGGUUGAAGAUCCAGACGUCUCCAAGCUCUGUUACCGGAGAAUAUGCCUGUUUUUGGAAGGAUCUGAUUCCAUUUCUACAGUUACUAUCCUGUAAUUUUUUGAGGUUUGGGGUGUGAUUGUUUGAAAGCUAUGGUUCCUCCGCCGGUUGAACAGAUCGGCGAAUCAACAAACACUGGAGACACCCUCAGAUCUCUACCAACGCCUUUUCUUACAAAAACUUAUCAACUUGUUGAUGAUCCUUGCAUAGACGACGUUAUUUCUUGGAACGAAGAUGGUUCCACUUUCAUUGUCUGGAGACCUGCCGAAUUUGCAAGAGAUCUGCUGCCGAAAUACUUUAAACACAAUAACUUUUCAAGUUUUGUUAGACAGCUAAAUACCUACGGAUUUAGAAAGAUUGUUCCUGAUCGUUGGGAGUUUGCAAACGAUUGCUUCCGCAGAGGGGAGAAACAGCUUCUAUGUGACAUACACAGGCGGAAGAUUUCACCGGCGGCAACCACUUCACCCGUGACAACAGCAGCAGCGGUACCAACGGUUCGACCGGGGUCACCAACAAACUCUGGCGAUGAACAGGUCCUCUCCUCAAACUCACCACCAGUCACGGUUACUGCUGUUUGUCGGACUACGAGCUGCAACACUACCGCUGAGCUUCUGGACGAGAACGAGCGGUUGAGAAAAGAAAACUUGAAUCUUUCGAAUGAACUCACGCAGAUGAAGAAUCUCUGCAACAAUAUCUUCGUUUUGAUGACCAAGUAUGCCGGUUCACAGCAAGAAAAUGGUGGUUUCAUGACUGAAAAACCGCUUGAAUUGUUGCCGACGAAGAGGCUUUCAGAGGAAUCUGAUGCCACUGCUGGAGUGAGUCAGAGCCGAGUACUGAAGUCUGAAGAUGAGACGAGUCCACGGUUGUUCGGUGUUUCCAUCGGCGUGAAACGCGUGCGAGGGGGUGACGAGGAUCAGGAUCAAGAGCAGCAACAGCAACAGCAACAGCACCACCAAGAACCUGAACAACAACAGCUGCAGAGGCAGGGAUCUGAGGUGAAAUCAGAGCCGUUGGAUCAGAACUCUGAUCAUCAAGACCCGCCAUGGCUUAAACACUGUUGUCGUCCUAACCAGAGGGUUUGUAAUUGACAGUAGCUAGAACUACUA